AUGGGUUGUGGGGAUCUGGCAUGUCGGCCGGGGUGGAGAGGACCCACGUGUCAGAAAGAAAAUAUUGUGUACAAAGCAACAAAAGUGGACUCAAGUAGUGAAUUAUCAGCGUCUAACAGUGACAACCUGGCCUUUGACGGGAAUCUAUCCUCUGUAUUUCGUUCUGCAAUCGAGGCUAACCCAUCCGUGACAGUAAGAGCAACGAGCUCGAGAUAUCCCAUUCAAACCAUCAAGAUAUACAAUGGAGCUACAGACCUAAAUGACCUAUCCGGUUUCAAGAUCUACGUCAGCGCGUCGUCUGAUUUCAUUAACUCCAAACUGUGCUACAGAGAUACCACGGCUAUAGGAAAAUCGGAGUACGUCAUUAACUGUACACAGCCUUUGACUGGUCUUUACAUCAGACUGCUCGUCCCCAAGACCACGAGCCUUGCCAUCCGCGAAAUGGAAGUAUACAGAUGUGGAGAAUACUGGUUCGGAAGCGAGUGUGAUCGUCUGUGUAACUGUCGGUAUAACUACGACUCGUGUAACGGGGUAACAGGGGCGUGCCGGCGUGGAUGCCCGGAUGGACGCAACGGAACCGACUGUUAUUCAGAAUGUUCAGCUGGUAGAUUUGGUCAACAAUGUCAGAGUAUCUGUCACUGUAAAGAGGUUACAUCGUGUGACAAAGUGGACGGCACUUGUGACGACCAGGGCUGUGCUGCCGGGUUCAAGGGAGACAACUGUCAGCGAGCCUGCAGUUAUGGAGAGUUUGGAGAAGGCUGUGAAGGAAAGUGUCACUGUUACCCGGUCAACAAUUGUGACAAGGAGACUGGACAGUGUGCGGGGGAUUGCCAAGCGGGAUUCAAGGGAUACAAUUGUCAGCAAGAUUGUGAGAUCGGAAAAUAUGGGAGGAACUGCGCAGGAGUUUGUCACUGCAAGAACUUGACGUCGUGUAACAAAGUGGACGGAAGAUGUGAUGCACUGGGCUGUGAAGCAGGGUACAUGGGAUCAUAUUGUAACAGAGAAUGUUCAUCUGGAUGGUUCGGAGAAAAAUGUCAGAACAGUUGUCAUUGUAAAAACAGAGCCUCAUGUAACCAUGCCAACGGAACUUGUGACACACAGGGAUGCACUGAUGGAUAUAAAGGAGACAGCUGCCAAGAAGAGUGCGAGACCGGAAGUUACGGGAGGAACUGUGAAAGAGUUUGUCACUGUAAAAACCCGGCUUCCUGUAACAAGGUGAACGGGCGAUGUGGCACACAGGGAUGUGAAGCAGGGUACCAAUGGCCAUUUUGUGAUAGAGAAUGUACGACUGGCCGGUUCGGGGAGCAAUGUUCGUAUGUAUGUCACUGUAAGCACGCCAUCUCGUGUAACCAUGUCAACGGAACAUGUGACGAAGGUGGCUGCGCUGCUGGAUACAAGGGAGAUAAUUGUCAAGAAGAUCCUUUAUCCUUCAAUCACUUUUAUGGCAUCCGUGGCCUAGUGGUUAACGUUUCGGCGCAGCACGACAGCCCAGGGGCCUGUUACCGUUGGGAUUGUUGUGUUCAUCCCCAGUUGAUGCUGGCUUCCUCCCCGAUCAUGUCUGAGACGGUUUGUCACUGA